CGUGAAAGUUGUGCCACCGGCGAAUCUCAAUCGGAACACCGACUGGUUCAUGUAUCCCGGAGUAUAGACUACCUAUAUUCUAUUCCUCUUCUUCUCCUGGCUAAUCUCGCCCAUUUCCUCGUCACGUACCACCUCUUUCACUGGAAGAAGGGAACCCCGUUUGCCGAUGAUCAAGGGAUUUACAAUAACUUGACUUGGUGGGAGCAGAUAGACGACGGGAAGCAGCUAUCACGCAACAGGACGUUCUUAACUAUUGCGCCAGUUGUGCUAUACCUGAUCGCCUCCCAUACAACAGACUACCAACAUCCUAUGCUCUUCCUGAACACACUAGCAGUGUUCGUGCUCGUCGUUGCAAAGUUCCCCAACAUGCACAAGGUCCGGAUAUUCGGAAUCAAUGCAGAUAAGUGACUCAGCCCCCCCCCCUCCCCGGUUUAGAAUACUCGGUCUUGCCGGAUAUAAAGCCAUACAGCUCCUUCGCCUCUGUUAAAAUAGAGAUACAUACAUCUUUGUGUAGGACAUUUUGAAGAUUUGGUCUUCUUUUCUUUUUCCUGGUGAAUUUGGUGUCUGCACCCACAAGCUUCCUUAGAUCAUUAAGGAAUAAUAAUGAGUGUAUGAAGUUGAUCUUUGUACAGUAGAGAAAUGUAAUGUAUGCUCAAUACUGCAUAUAUGGUAUAUCACAUU